AUGGCGGAGCGAGCGGAAGGGAGCAGUAGCAGAACGAUUUCCGACGAGGUACAAUCAAUUCCCAACCAAAAGGAAUUAGAUUUUGAGAAUUCAUUGAAAAGCUUAAACCAGAAGCUAGCUUCACUUCUUGAUGAGUGUUCAGCCAAAGACAAAAUCAUUCAAGAACUCGAAAAAUGGUCCGAAAAUGCUGCGGCAGACAAGCUCGAAGCGGAGAACGAAUCGCAACGUGUAAAACACGAGCUAGACGAAACUCGAAAGCAAAAUAUGGCUUUAAACGAGCAAAUGGCCAACUUGAACUCGGCCCUCAAGGACUGCAUGGACCAACUAAAUCGAGCCCGCGAGCAAGAAUUCGAGAGAGCCCGUAUAAUGCUAGAAGAAAAAAUAUCCGAGACAAGCAAGAGCCUCGCGAGCCAGACUUCGGAGAAUUCCUACCUCACGAAAGCCCUUCUCGUGAAGGAAAAACUGAUCGACGAUCUCAAUCGCGCCAAGUGUCGGAAGGAGGCCGAGUUCGAGGCCUUGAUGACGAGGCUCGAUUCGACCGAGAAGGAAAACGCUUUCUUGAGGUACGAGUUUCGAGCCCUCGAAAGCGAGCUCGAAAAACAGAACGAGGAAAUGGAGUGCAUUCGCCGCUCGGCCGAGGCACGUGUAAAGCAGAAUUCGGAAAAUAUCAAGAAAGUAAAGAAAUUGGAAGCCGAAUGCCAGAGGCUACGCGUUUCGAGACGAGCGGGCCUCCUGCCGGGCAGGGCCGAUAUUUCCUUGUUGGGCCGAAUUCGAGAUUUGGAAAAUGAAAACAGGGCUCUCAAGGAAAGCUUGGCACAAAAAGAGGAGGAGAUUUUGUAUCACUUUUAUGCCAAGAAUUCAGACAGACUUUCUCUAGCAAGCUCCCGAUCGUGGGCCGAUAAGUUUGCUGAUGACCCGGAAAACAGGCCCGAAUGCAGAACGAUCGGAGCUUAUUAUAAUAAUCGUCCCGAUAUGAGCCUAAUGGACGAUUUUGUCGAGAUGGAGGAGAAACUAGCAAUAGUCACGGUAAAUGACGAUUGGAUUCGAGAUGUUAAGAACAUAAUCUCAAAACAAAUCGAUAUUUCGAAACGAAAUGUUGAAGAAAUUAUCAAAGACAUCAGAAACGCUCUCGAAAGCGAGGCCCGGCUCGGAAAAAAGCCAGAGUUAAGCCCGAUUAGCGGUUACAUUGCAUGGAAAUCCCCUGCACCAUCCGAUGAGGAUCAUGAUCAUCAUCCAACGGUCGUAGAUAUGUUCCGGAAGCAUCUAGGUGGGCCCGGGCCGGGCACUGCCUUCGAGCUCGAGUCGGUACAGAUUCUCAUGCAUGAGAUGGAGAAAAUGCGCUCGGUUUUGCAAAACGAGGUGAUGGAGUCGAAAAGAACGUACGAGGAUGAAAUUGAGGAUCUGAAAAUAGCGAAUUUGGAUUUGGAUACUCAGCUAAUUGUGGCUCGAUCCGAACUAGAAGAUGUGUUAAGAAAGCUAUCUUCGGUCGAGGUUGAGCUCGAUAACAAAUGUCGGUUUUGUGAGGAAUUGGAAGGGACUUGUGUCGAUCUUCAGCUGCAACUCGCGAGUGUUACGAAUAGCCGGUGCUCGGAGGGAAAUGGGAAUCCAGAAGAAGACUUGCUCCAAACUGGCAUGGAGAUCACGAAAGCUUCGGUUAAGCUGGCAGAGUGUGAGCAAACCAUUAUGAAGCUCGGGCAGCAGAUAAAAGCACUGGGCCCACAAAACGAAAAAUCACUUCUCGACAAGAAAAAGUCGACACUCAAACAACGGUCGUCUCUGCGCGAUCAGAUGAUAUGCGAGGACAAGCUGGAAUCGGACGGUCAACAGUCCCCCAAGACGAAAGAAAUCAUCAUAAGCACGACGGCCAAUAGGAGCGUGCCACCUGUUGGGUGCUAUGGAGCUUUCCCUUUCACAGACGGCCAGGUGGCGGCGAGUAGCUAUGACGCUUUGGUGGUUGUCCCCGGCAAGAGAAAUAAGCUCGGGUUUCUGAAGAAGCUGCUGCUUAGAAGGAAAAAGCAAUAUUAUGCCGGCAAGAAUAAGAAUAACGCGCUCGUUUGGUGA